GUUGCUAGCUUUAUAAGCACCCCUUUCACCUUCUUUCUCUCUUACACUUUCUUUCUUCAAACUUCCCAGAGAGAUUCAACAAUGUGCGACUCAGCUUUUCUUUCUCGUUGUUCCUCAUACGAGGCUGAUGUUGAUUCAGACUCCGAGAUCUUUACCAGCUCCAGCUCAUGUUCCUCGUACAGUGAAUCUGAAGAAGAGUUCGACAAUGGUUUUAGUGGUGAGACGUUGAAAGAAACCAAGGAUUUGGAGAAGAAGAAAAAGAAGAAGAGCAAUGUGUUGCUUGAAGGUUACGUUUCUGAUGAUUUGAAGAGGACAAAGAGUUUAACGGACGAUGAUCUCGAGGAGCUUAAAGGUUGUGUAGACCUAGGCUUUGGUUUUAACUACGAGGAGAUUCCCGAGCUUUGUAAUACUUUACCUGCUCUUGAGCUUUGUUACUCGAUGAGUCACAAGUUUAUGGAUCAAGAUCAUCAUCACCAUACUUCUUCUUCUUCCCCUGAGAAGAUUGAAUCUCCGAUAGCUAGCUGGAAGAUCUCUAGUCCUGGGGACAGUCCUGAUGAUGUCAAAGCAAGGUUGAAGUUUUGGGCACAGGCUGUGGCAUGCACUGUGAGAUUAUGCACUUGAGAAGAUGAAGACUUUGGAUUUGAAGCAAUCAAAUGGGAACAACAUGAUUGCUGCAGGAGUGAUAUCUCUUUAGAUGCUGUUCUGUUUCAGCUUUUAUGAGACUGACCUGCUUGUAACACCCUAUGUUGUAUGUAUGAGCUAUGCUCAUGGAUGUAUAAAACACUCUUAAUGAUCAACGAAGAUUUUGCUAGGAACUUUCUUGUAUUGCAUUCUAUAAAGAGCAAAAUCAAUAAUAAAUAAUUUCAUAUUGG